AUGACCGACCAACAAGUCUCGCUCCCAGGACCCGGUGAGGCCAUGCCGGCGGAUCUGACCACUUUCAACAUGGCCGACCUUGUAAAGACGCCGCACAAUGCGCGUCUCUACCAGGAAGUGCAAAAUCUCAAGAAGCUCAUCAACGAACUGGUAGACUUCCAGCUCGCUCACCCCAAAAGCUCCAAGGCGGAAUCGCGCGAGGACCUUGACAAUGAGAAAAAAGCGAUGCGCGAGAUUGAAAGGAGGGAAAAGUACAUCCGCGCGCAACUGUCCAUCAUCAAGACUCUCUAUAGGCAGAGUAUACUCAAGGUGCGCGAAGAGAAAGCCAAAACAUCAGACGACAGGGCUGUCAACGAUGCGCUCAUUCUGGGUCUACACAACUUGAAGUAUGAGGAGCAGUCGCUGCGCUCAGAGAUCUCUGCCGCUGAAAACUAUGAUCACAAAUACAUGAAAUUACCCCUCAUUCCCCUCGAAGAAUUCCUCGAAGAAUUCCCCGAACACCAGGAAUCCACCGAACACGACCUCAUGACGGCGCGCAUCGAGCACGAACACCAAGUCCGCCUUAAGCUGGAAGAGCGCCGGCAGGAGAAGCUCAAGCAGAAGCAGAAGCUUAUUGCCGAGGUCAAAAAGGGCAAGGAUGAUCUGACCAAGCUUGAUACGAUGGUUGAGAAGUUUAUCGAGGCUGCAGAACCGAUCAAGAAAGUGCUGUCAAUAGAGUAG